AUGCAUUCCAUCCUCGCUGCCGUCGCUCUUGCAACUGUCGCUAUGGCUCAGAACCCCACACCCAUCACUACUGACUCUGUGCCAUCUAAUCCUGCUACUCGGUUCUUGACCGAGACCAACUCCCUCGGCGUGGUCACUGGACAGCCUAGCGUCGUUACCAGCGAGCCCAGUGCCGUCACCUCUCAGCCUGCUCCAAUAGUAAUCCCUGCCGGACUCUCGGCUCCCGUUGUGCCACUCUCAUAUAUCCCCUCUAGCUCGGCUGUUGCAUACGGUAGCUCCUCUGUUGUUCCGGUCGCUUCUAGCGGAACUGCUAGUGGUACUGCUAGUGGAACUUCCACUGGAACUGCCACUGGAACCGCCACUACUGGCAGCACCGGCAUGUCCGCUGGAUCGGCCAGCUCGACUCGCACCUCCUCUGUGCCUACUGGUGCUGCCGCUGCAAUGGCCGCUGCUGGACCUGUCGGUCUUUCUCUUGUUGCUGGUGCUGCCUUUGCCAUGCUUAUCUAA